AUGGCAGAUUUAACAUAUAUUUGUAAAAGAAAAUUAUUAAAUAAAUUAUGGGAAGAACUUCCAAAGAGUUGGAAAAUAUUAGUUGUUGAUAAAGAAGCAUUAAAAGUUAUUUCAUCAUUUUGUGGAAUGGAUGAUUUAUUAAAUGCGGAUAUUCUUGAUGUUAAUAAUUUGGAAAAGAAAAGAGAAGCAUUUAUGUGUCCAGCAUUAUAUUUAAUAUCACCAACAAAAGAAUCAGUUGAUAGAAUUGUUAAUGAAUUUAAAGAUUUAGCACAUCCACAAUAUUCUAGUGGAUAUGUUGCAUGUAUUAAUGCUAUUGAUAAAACAUUAUUUGAUGAAUUAAAAAGUAUACCAAGAAUUAAAGACGUUCGAGUAAUUCCAAUAGAUUUUUUAACAAUUGAACAAAGAGUAUUUUCAUUAAAUAAUGCAAAAGCAUUUUAUUCAUUAUAUUCAAAAGAAAGUAAAGAAGAAGAAAAAGAAAAAGAAAUAGAAAAAAUAGGGAAAAGUUUAGCAACAUUAUUAUAUUGUUUAAAUAUUAAUCCAGUAAUUAGAUAUAUUAAUAAACCAAACGAAGAAAUAAGUGAAAAAAUAGUAGAAGCAGUUCAAAAAGGAUAG